AUGCCGAGUUUGAAUACAGAACAAUAUGCCCAUCUCCCCAUACCAACCUACGAUGAAGCCGUCAGUUCCCGGCCGACUUCCCGCACCGGCCCAGAAGAAAUAAGCGACGACGCCGAAAGGCAAGGCCUCCUGCGCCGCCAGUCCAACUAUGAGCCUCCGACUGUGGAAUCCGCGCGCGGGAGUCUCGACUCCCUCGAUGGCAUCGACGUCCCCGCCUCGCCCGGCGAGACGCGCCGCGAGAUGGAGCAGAUGGACAUCGAAGACCCCCUCAACGGCUCCGCUUCCAGUCCAUCUCUCCUGCGGCAGCGCUUCGCAAAGAACUUCUCCUGGACAACCUCUUUCUCGUCCCUGACUCUGCCUUCUUUCCGAUCCUGGGUCCCUUCCUUUUCCCUACCUCGAUUCAACUACGACAGCAUCGACUCCCACCGCGCCAUCAUCAUCGGCCGGCUGUUUGGCAUCUUCAUCAUCCUCGGCGUCGUCUAUGCUCUCAUCGCAACCGAUAUCCUCGCCUUUGGCCGCAGCCGGCUGAGUAUCGGCCAGAUGUAUGACCCGGAGUCGAUACGCAUAUUUGUACAAAAGCAUGUGAACAAUAAAGACAUGAUGCAGGACUACCUGGCACAUGUCACCGAAUUCCCACAUCUGGCGGGCUCCGAGGGGAGCUACGUCCUAGCCGAGUGGAUUGGCGAGGUGUUCAAGACGGCGGAGCUUGAAGACGUUGAUAUGGAGCGAUUCGACGUGUACCUGAAUUACCCCAAGAAGAAUGGGAGACGAUUAGCGAUUGUGGAACCCAAAGAUCGCGCGUGGGAAGCGACGGUCAAGGAAGAGGCCGAGCAGACAGCCGUGUUUCAUGGUCAUGCGAAGGCUGGCGACGUGAAAGGACCAGUCGUAUAUGCAAACUAUGGAUCGAGAGAUGACUUCAAGAAGCUCAGCGACGAAGGCAUUGACAUCACAGGCGCCAUCGUUUUAAUGAGGUACUAUGGUACUCAAGAAGACGCUGCCUUGAAGGUCAAGGCUGCCGAGAUGGCUGGUGCAGUCGGAGCUGUGCUCUAUACCGAUCCGGCGGACAAUGGCUACGUCAAGGGUCCGGCUUUUCCAGCAGGCCGAUUCCUGCCCGAGGACGGCGUGCAGCGAGACUCGGUCAGCUUGCAGUCCUGGGUAGUUGGGGAUGUUCUGAGUCCAGGAUGGGCAUCUACACCGGGCAACAAGCAGCGUAACAAGAAAGAGGACAGCGCUGGUCUGAACAAGAUCCCCUCAUUACCAAUAUCCUGGAACGAUGCAAAGCACCUGCUCGACUCGAUCAAGGGUCUUGGCAAACAAAUGAACCGUGAUUGGCAGGGCGAGAAGAAGAUCGAGUAUUGGACGGGAGACCAGAACUCUCCAGUGGUCAAUCUCAAGAACGAGCAGGAUGACGAGACCUAUCAGCCUAUCUACAACGUCGUAGGCAGAAUCACUGGAUGGGAGCAGCCCGAAAAGCGCAUCGUGGUUGGCAACCACCAUGACGCCUGGUGUCUUGGUGCCGCCAAUCCGGGCACUGGCACUUCCAUCAUGCUCGAUGUGAUUCGCAUUUUUGGCGAGCUCAGACGCCUAGGAUGGCGUCCUCUCCGAACAAUCGAGUUUGCCAGCUGGGACAGCGCAGUGUACAACCUCGAAGGCAGCACCGAACACGUCGAGAACAGGCUGGACGAGCUCCGCAAAGACGGCGUAGCUUAUGUCAACCUCGGCGCCGGCGUUUCUGGUUCAGACCUGAUAGCGUCUGGUUCGCCAACGAUGCGUCGUGCACUCCUCGAUGCCAUUAAUCGUGUCCGCGACCCUGCCACAGACGAGGACGAUAACCCGAAGUCAGUAAAACAAGCUUGGGAAGAACUCGGCCAAGGCAUCUCUCCACCCGGUGGCCGCGUUGACUACGUGCCUUUCCAGCACAUGGUGGGAAUGUCCUCCAUCGACGUCGGCUUCCGAGGCGACCGCUACCCCUCAGGCUCCUGUUACGAUCGCUAUGACUGGGUGUCUAGCGAAGCCGACUCUGGCUUCUUGUAUCACAAAGCUCUCGGGGAGAUCGUAGCGCUCAUCAUCCUCGAGCUUUCUGACAAGCCCAUGCUUCCAUUCGACUUGGAAGCCUACGCCGCCGACCUGCACCGCUGGGCCGACGACCUCGCGUCAUAUGCGCGCGACAACGGCAUGGGCAACCUCGACUUCACCCCGCUCCAAGACUCCAUCGGCCUCGUCGCAGGCGUGGCCAAGCAAACGCGCGAAAUCGAAGAGCACUGGGCCCGCCACGUCUUUUCCCACGGCGGCUUCGAGGGCAACCGCUUCGCCAUGAUGCGCAUCAUGCACAACGACCGCGUCGCGCAGUUCGAAAAGGACCUCCUCGAUCUCAGCCAGGGCGGCGGCCUCAAGAACAGGACGCAGUACAAGCACACAGUGUUUGCGCCCAUGAAGUGGGAUUCCACCCGGGCCGCCACCUUCCCGGGCGUGCGAGACGCCAUUGAUGAGGAGGGUGCAGAUGCGGGAGACGCGCAGCUCGCGUUGCAGCUCGUGGCUGAUAAAUUGCGAGACGCGGCGGCGAACUUGAGAAGGCCGCCUGGGGAGGGCCCGGAGCAUGAGUGA